AUGCAACCUACACCGGGGGUGUUUACUGUUUUUCUUUUUGAACCAGCCUACUGUUCACGUACUGUACACAAUCCACCUGAUUGGACAGAAAUUCUUACGUACUUCCGUGGUUCGGAGCUGCAAAAUUACUUUACCAAAGUCCUAGAAGACAACUUAAAGGCCGUGAUCAAACCCCAAUAUGUAGACCAGAUCCCUAAAAUCGUCUCGGGCAGUGUGAAGUCAUUGUUAGAACGCAAGUCUGAUCGAGGUAAUCAGGAUCACGUUCUGGAAGUUCUGGACUUGAAAGUUGUGACCGACCGAAUGGUCAGUGAUUUAUCUGGUGGUGAACUACAACGUUUCGCAUGUGGCAUGGUAUGCGUGCAAAAAGCCGAUAUUUACAUGUUUGACGAACCCAGUUCCUAUUUGGAUGUGAAACAGCGGUUAAAGACAGCUAUUGCUAUUCGCGAGCUCUUGGAAGAUUCCAACUUCGUUAUCGUGGUCGAACAUGAUCUGUCUGUUUUGGACUAUUUGUCUGAUUUCAUUUGUUGUCUGUAUGGGGUCCCAGGGGCUUACGGAGUUGUCACCAUGCCAUUUUCUGUCCGUGAGGGAAUCAACAUAUUUUUGGACGGCAUGAUUCCCACAGAAAACUUGCGCUUCCGUGAGACGCCUCUUGUUUUCAAAGUGUCGGAAAAUGCUAGUGAAGAGGAGGUCAAACGCCAUGCAAGGUACGACUAUCCACGAAUGACCAAGAAGUUGGGGAAUUUCGAACUGGUCGUGGAACCCGGUUCGUUUACUGACUCCGAAAUUGUGGUCAUGUUGGGCGAAAACGGGACUGGGAAGACUACUUUCAUCCGCAUGUUAGCUGGUAGUUUGAAGCCAGACGAUGAAUCAAAGCUGCCAGUUAUGCAUGUUUCCUAUAAGCCGCAGAAAAUCAGUCCGAAGUCGGAGAAAACGGUGCAGAAUCUAUUACUCGAAAAGAUACGAGAUUCAUUCACCCAUCCACAGUUCGCUACUGAUGUUUUGAAGCCACUGCAAAUGGAAAGACUUUAUGAUCAACAAGUGACUAGCUUCUGGCAUAGGUUUAGCUGCCACGAUCCACACACCCGAGCAUUUCCGAGAAGCUAUCCUAUAUCUUGCCGUAAAACGAAAGACAGUCGGCUUUACUAA